CCCCCCCCCCAUGGAGUCUUCAGCCUCUACCUUCCCCCGUUAUGAACCUGAACCACCCAUUACGCACUCUGUGUCCCGACACUGAACCUUCAACCUCACAGGCAACCGUUGCUCCUGCUCUUAAUUACUCCAAGCUUUUACUUGUGGACUGCCUCAGCUGUGGAGGGACUUUUUUUUUGACACAGCAGAGCGGGCUGUACUCCUACUGGCACAAUGUGGUGCUUUUGGGUAAUGUUUGGAGCGGGUCGAUUCGUUCAGGUAAUGCUCGUUAUGUACGUCUUAAAGGGCAUCGGGCAGGUUUUGAUAAAAGCCCUCUUUUGAAUGGUGCAGGAAGGUAUAGUAUAUGAUAUUAAAGGAUAAUACCGGUGUUUUUGUCUUGUUUUUUAGCUUGUGCCAAUAAUCUACACUACUUUUGGUUUGCAUUACAGCCAGCCAUGUUUAAAGGUACAAUCAGGGUUUUGUUCCAUCUUUACAUACAGUAUAAAAACCACAAAUCUGCAUUAAGUGAUAUUUUUGGGAUCACACACUAUAUCCAUGGCCAGCAAACCAGCUCUGACAUGCUGUUGUUACACUAGACUGAUGUUUCUGGUGAAGAGAGGCUACUAGCUAACUAGCUUCUAGCCAAUUACAGACCAGAGCUAAAAGUUGGGUAAAUACUGAGCUGAUGUUUGUCAGAAGACCAGAAACAUUAAUCCGAAUGGAUAUGUAUGUUGGUUUGUGUCUGCUAGCUAUGCAAGUAGGCAAUAGAUUGCCAACAUAUUGGCCAUAACAGCUCAAAAUCGGUCUCUCAGGGCUUUGUUUCGCUGUGCCCUCAUGCUGUCAAACAAAUACACUUAAUGCAGCUUUGUAAUUCAUUACAGCCCGCUUGAAAAGUGGUGGUCAUACUUUAUCAGUCACAUUAUAAAGUACAUGAUGCCGGCAAAUUGUGACACUAAUCACUGACGUCCUACCAUGCUACACCGUGGUGAGUGUCAAUCACAUGACUCCCACAGAAUAAGACAUACCAUCAUAUUUCUGCUUUUACCUUUAUUGGCACAUUUUAUUUUCUCCAUCAACAGCUAAUUGAAAGCAAAGUUUAUCACAGUAAAGUUUGUCUCAGAGGAAAAAGGGAAUGGUUGUUUUCAAUAUGAGGAAUUGUCAACUAAAUAUGGACGGAAGCUACGGGACUGUGGCUGUAAGGGACACCGGUAUUCUCCUUUUAAUCUCUGCUGCACCUGCUCAGCGGUCACAGUGGAGAACCAGAGGGUGCCUAAGCUGUUCUGCCCCCCCCCCCCCCCUCCUCCUCUGUGGACCCAGUUUGGACACAGCAUGGUGCUUUUAAACCGUAAAAAAAAAAGGAGCUUUGACUUCUGGACAUGCGAAAGCUGAUUGUGUGCCAUGUGAUGGACUUCAGAAACUGCUUCAACUUCUCCAUUUUGACGUAGCAAAGUGGGAGGAGCUUUAGGAUAUACUAAACCCUCAGCGGAACAACUACGGAUCAACCGAACUACACACUAACUUAUGAAACCUUGUAGAAUACUACACAGAUAAAAAUGGAUAUUUCUAAAAAAAAAAAAAAAUAUUGUACUACAAUGUUUUGAUGUGGUUGUAUUAUCCAUCAUAGCAGUGUUAUUGUCGAGAGUUUUACUUUUUCAUUUUAGCACAGAUCCUAAGAACUGUCAUGGCAUGAUAAUAUUAUGGUCUCGGUAUAUUGUGGGACAGGCUACGUCUCUUAGUUUGUUAGCAUCGUUCAAUGUAUCAAGAGAUCUAACCGCUUCACCACACUAGCUGGGACUAGCUGCGUGGACCCGCGAGAACUGUUCGGAACAGAAGUUUGUUAUUUGGUUGUGGCAAAAAUGGAAAGAUUUAAAAAAAUAUGUUGGUUGUCACUUGUUAAUAUUUUUUUUGUUUUUUUGUUUUGCUCAGUUUUAAAAAUGUGUAAACUUGUUUAUUACAUGUCUAAAUAAGAAAAUGCAAACAAGAAUCAUUUUACUUAUUGUCAUUAGUCGCUGUCACAGGUUUGUUUUGCUCAGCAGAGUGCUUGUUGUUUCAGCUCCAUCCGGUGAACGGCUUCAUAACUGCUACUCAUCCUCAACACAGUAUGUUUGGGUUAAAAUGUUUACAGAUCAGGUACAUGUACAUACAUUGAGAAUGGUGUUCAUCCAUGCAAUAGUUAAGACAUUCAUGUCCAUGACUUCAUUAUAAAGGCUUACAGUAGUGAGCAUAAGGUGUGGUUUACACACUAUUAAUUAGUCAACCACUACAAAAGUUGGUAACCUAAUUUCCCCAGAAUAAAUGAAAGUGCAGUUGACGUCCAGGUCUGUUGUCUAGUGGAGCCACAUCAAUAAAGACGGACUAGUCACUUGAAGCCAUGAAUGGGUCUUUUCAGAGGUGGAAUCCAUUGAAAGUUGCUGCAGACACAGCCUGAGGGAAAGGGGGGGUGGUUCAACACUGCGUAUCGCUCCCACCCUUCCCCCAUUUAGGGUCCCGACCUCCUGCUUCUGUUGCAGUGAAGAGCAUCAAGUGAAACGAGGGGAAUAGACAAACUCGGAAAAUGGUUGUGUCCUUCAGAAUAAAAGUCUAAAUGUAGUCCUUAAAGUGGUUAUGAAGGCCAGUGGCUGCACGGAGGUACAGAACCUCGGAAGUAAUUAUAACGAUUGUAUUACAAUAUACGAUGAAGAUCACUGGCAUAUUAUUUGAAUUAGGGUAUGUUCCCAAGCCUCCCAUCUUUUAGGUGUAUGAUUGUCAAAUGUCAAAAUUCUUGAAUUUGGAAAAGAUGGACUAAAGAUACAGCAAAUAGUUCCUCCUUCCCUCACAAUAUAGUCUUCUGGAACACGUGUAACACAAGCAUUACCAUAUUACAGCCACAUUUUUACAGUUUGUAACUUCAUUAAUGGGUCUCAAAUGUCAUAAAUAUAACCAAAUAAUUGUACUAUCCAAUUUAUCCAACCAGAAAUGUCCACUCUGACUACAUUUAAAUAUGGUCACUUUAGAAAGGAAAUCUUUUCGAAAACAAUGAAAAUCUGAUGCGAGUAUGGCAGCUGAGGAGCAUUAUGUUUAGCUACAUUGUUUUCCACACCUACAUUGUCACAGUAUAUACAUUGUAACAUAUUAUUACUAGACAAGAUAUCAGCUCAUUCCAUCAGACCAAAACAGACAAAGAAAGGUAAUUAAAGCUACAACAGUAUCAAUAUUUUUUUCCAAAGCAUAAAAAUUAAAAAAUGUGUAGUGAAGAAUUGCAUGUCUUCAGAAUUACCGCCAGAGGGUGCAAUUGACACGCCAGAUAAUCAUUUUAUUUUUAUACUUUGACCGGAAGUGCGUUCCCACUGCGACGAGCUUCGCAGUUCGUACUAUAAGCUUAGUUUCUAUGUCAUGACUGUAGCUACGAGUUGUGUUUUCAAACUCCAAAAUGCGGCGUUACAUUCGUGCACUAAUGUUGUGCACGGUGUUCGCCGUGUUUUCGGGCUUGUACGUUUACAGUAAACUAUUUUACGCGGACGUGUCUGUCGGUGGAAACGGACCGAAGAGGGUUUUCAUCCCACCGAGAGUCCCCGGAGGCAGGCGAGGUACCGCGGACAAAACUGGGCCCAAAAGCCCACACUGGUACAAUAGGUACAUCAUGCGUCAGCAGGGUCAGGCGGAGGCCGGUGGCGUUCAGAUCAGACCUGAACCCCCCAUGCAUCUGGCCGUGGUGGCCUGUGGGGAGAGGCUGGAAGAGACUCUCACCAUGAUCAAGUCCGCCGUGCUUUUCAGCAUCAAGCAUCUCCAGCUGCACAUCUUUGCCGAAGAUCAGCUACACGCCAGCUUCAUGGAAGCCUUGGAGGCGUGGCCUGGUUUUAUUCGCUCCAGGUUCAACUACACAGUCUACUCCAUCAGCUUCCCCAGUGAGAACGCAGCAGAGUGGAAGAAACUCUUCAAACCCUGCGCUUCUCAGAGGCUCUUCUUACCCCUGAUCCUGAAGGACGUCGACUCGAUCGUGUACGUCGACUCAGACAUCCUCUUCCUGCAGCCCGUAGACCUCCUGUGGGAGUUCCUGUCCCAGUUUAAUUCCUCCCAGCUGGCCGCCAUGGCCCCGGAGCACGAGGAGCCCCGCAUUGCCUGGUACAACCGCUUCGCCCGCCACCCCUUCUACGGCAGGACGGGCAUCAACUCGGGGGUCAUGCUCAUGAACAUGACACGGAUGAGGAACACGUACUUUAAGAAUGACAUGACGUCUGUGGGGCUGCGUUGGGAGGAGCUGCUGAUGCCUCUUCUUCAGAAAUACAAACUCAACAUAACCUGGGGAGACCAAGACCUUCUCAAUAUCAUUUUCCACCACAACCCUGAGUGCCUGCUGGAGUUUCCGUGCCGGUGGAAUUAUCGUCCAGAUCACUGCAUCUAUGGCAGCAACUGUGCGUCAGCGGAAGAGGAUGGCAUCAACAUCCUGCAUGGAAACAGAGGGGUUUACCACGACCACAAACAACCUGCAUUCAGGGCCGUUUACGAGGCCAUACAGAAGUUCUCUUUCGGCGCAGACCCAGUGGCUUCGUUGUUGGAUCCACUGGAGGAAGAGCUGCUGAAGACGACACACACGUAUUGUGGUAAAUCCCACGCGCUUCUCACCAAGAGGCUGGCACACAGCCUGGCAAACAUCAACAGUAAGGCCCCACGUGGACGGUGACGGAACGGAAUCACAAUGAUGGGACGGAGGCCAAAAGGAGGGCGGGCCUUGAGCUUGUUCUCAAAGACUUGAUUGUGACUGAACAGUAAGAUACUGUACAGUUUAUUUCUAAUCCUCCAACAGCAGGGUUUUUAGACUGAUCACAAAAACAUGUUUUACUUGGCAAACUGUUCAAUAACAAAGAAUUAUGUCCACACUUCUUCGUGGACAGCUAAUGAGUGGAGCUUUUAGGUUAUUUCGGUGAACACCUGCUCCAUAAAACAGUUGGGAUUGUCUCAAACUGAGACUAAUUAGUGCCCACCUCUUAAGUUGCUCUGGAUAAGAGCGUGAUGUAAAUGUCUGCAAUCUGCUCUAAAUGUUACGUUAUGUGAACGUAUAGCAGAGAAAGCUAUUUACUACUGGUGGACACAUGGAUUUUUUUUUGUUUCUAUUACAGACUUUUAUGACUUUUUAUUUUUUUAAAACCAGCCAUCUUCCAAUCAUUUCUUCCUUUCAGUGCCUUUGGUGACCGACUAAAGGUGAAUAAGCCUCAUGGUGCAAACUAUCUGUAACAGGUUGGAAGAGUAGCUCUUGACUUUCCAUAUUGGAGAAUGUAUUGAACCUUGUGAAACACUCUUAUUAAAAGAGACAAAAGAAUCCUAUCAGAACUGGACGAAGGCCCCAUUUUCACAGCUGUAUGCACUGGCCCACUUUUUUCACCAUCAGAAACCAUUUCAGUACCAACAACAUGGAAGAGAAGUCGUUUCAGAGCAUAUGGUUUUCCUGAGUAAAGGUUUGUCCUGCUCUGUUAUUUUAUCUGUUACACAGAUCACCUUGACCCAAAAUACAACAAGCAAAAAUGAGGAGAGUCACAUGGUCUACGGUCAAGUUUAUGUUUUGGGAUGUCAGGUCAUGUGACUCGACACAAAUGUUUCUUUUUUGUGUCUUCUAAGUUUAUACAUUUCCUUUUGUUACUUUGAAUACACAUGUUUCUGGCAAUUUGUGACUAAUUCGAUACUACAGCCAGCGUACAUAAUGCAGAAAAAUUGUUAUUGAAAAUAUGAAUAAGCUACAAGUUCCACUGCCAAUGCCAAAGCAUUUCUUUUUUACUAUAAUUAUGGGUUUUUGCACCGUUGAAUGUAUUUUCUAAAUGUUAUUUUCAGUGCUUAUGUUGGUAUGGUUGUAUUGUGAGGAUAUGCUUUGUGACAUGUUUAUAUGUCAUGUGCUGUUUGUGUGUGUGGUUUUUUUUUUUACAUUAAAUAUCAUUUUUGUGGAACUGUACAGCAGUGUGUCUUGUUUAAACCACCAGAGGUCAGAAUUUUUUGAUAUUUUGGUACUAGUGAUUAAUGACAGAUAUUGUUUAGGUACUUUUUACAAUAAUAAUAAAAUAUUUAUAACAAUGUAAUAACAUAAGGGGAAAGCUACUUAAGCAAUUGAAUUUUUAAAAUCAUUGCUAUCAUUUCCACACUUUAAUAAUACAAACAUCUCAUUAGAUGUUUUCUCUUUUUACCAACAUGAGGCAUCUUUGUAAGUUUAUUCUAUAAAGAUGUAGCGCGAAGAAGAUUGAUGCUACUUUUCUAUCGCCUCCUUGGGCAGAUCAAUGGACUUUCCAAUAAUCCAUGACCAUUUCUGCCUCAGCUCUGAGGCGCUCAUAAAGUGUAAGUGAUGGACCAAUAACACGGCCGUAUACGUGCCUGUCUGGGACACUGUAUUGCAUUGAGUAUGUAGAAUGAGUUUAUGCUUAUUCCCAUUAGGUGGGGGAUACAACUGUCCGUUUAUGACUCCAGAGGUAGUUUGAUUCAUUGCACCAGAAAUAUCCUUCAUUCAUCACUAUAUAUAUAUAUAUCCGUAUGAGAGCUUAUCAAUUACCUUUAUUGACCGGUGUGCUUAAAUGCAACAUGUAACAGUCCAGGUCCCCAGAGGGGAGGGAGACAAUGGCUCGGAUUGAGCACCACAUAGAAAAAUUCAAUAUCGCCCGUCCUCCGAAGGUUUCAUUUUCCUGAAACUACAUGUUUUAUAUCGUAAUAAAUUACUCCGAUUUUAUUCCUUUUGUUCCAUCGCGGCUGGAGGAGAAACUAUUUAAAAUAAAUACGUGACCUCCAGCUUUUAGAGUGGGGUUAGAGUGGGUAGAGUGGAAGAUGAGGAGGAAAUGGGGACAUCGCAGAGUAAUUAAAUGUCUGUGUGCAUGAAAGAGAAAUAUAUUUAUAUUUGAAUCGAGGUAUUUUUUCUCUAUUGUCACAGGACAAAAUGUUGAAGAACAGAGCUGAGUGCAUAG